AUGGCUGCCGGUGUGAGAAAGUUACCGAUUGGUGGUUUAUCACCUGACGUUACGAAUGCUUUAAUUGUCGCCGUUUUAAUUGCAAAACAAAAUUAUAAAACGUUUUUAUCGAAAAAAGAUUCAGAAGAAAGAGGUGUGUGGAAUUUCACUUUGAGGGAUUCAAAUAUAGAUACUAUUAAUGUAACAGUUUGGGGAUCUUCAUUUUACAUUCAAAAUAUGUAUCAAGUGUUUAGCACAGGAGAUGUUGUGGAAAUAAUAAAUCCCAGAAUUUCUUUCAAGCAACCGGAUACUACAAACAUUUCAUUCAAUCCAGAAGUUUCUAGUCCUUUUCAACUUCAUUUACAAGAACAUUCAUCAAAUAUGUUAAUUUAUGCAGAAGAUGAUGUUGAGUUUUAUAAAGAAUUAAUACAUGUACCAACAAAAGCUCCAGAAGAUUUUUUGAGACUUUCGGACGUUAUUAGUUAUGGUCAAGCAAUGAGAGGAGAAUAUGCUAAUCUUCUUGUAGCCAUAAAAAAUGUCGAAGAAAUAAGAAAUGUAAAAUCUAAAAGAGAUUCGAAGGAUUUAACAUGUCGACACAUAAUUGUUAUGGAUGAGACACAUUUAGAAUUUCACAUGACUUUGUGGAACGAAGAAAUAAUAUUCAAGUCAAAUUUUUGGCAGCCUCGUAACACUAUAAUUUUUUUUGCUGAUGUUAAAUUGGAAUGGGAUAACUUUAGAGGUACAAUGACGGCAACAAUGAAUUCUCGUACCGUGGUUACGGAAAAUCCAAAAACGGACGAAGCUCUUAAUUUAAGAAAUUAUGCCAAAACAGCUCCCAUAUUACCAACAGCAAUUCUUGAUCAUUUUACUAAUAAUUUGAUUGACGCUAAAUCUAUUACGGACGUGAUGACAACAGCACAAGUGUUAGAUAAAGCCUACAGCAGAAGUAAUAUGACACAAUUUACCGCUUUAUUAUAUGCCACAAUCACGCAAUUAGAUUUAGACGGUUCUGAAGUUGUGAUAACAUAUCAAUGCUCGAAUUGUUCUCAACCGUUGGACGAUACAAGAAGUUGUUUAAAUUCGGAUUGCGUGUCGACGGGGAAAAAAGAUUUAAAUAAUCCAAAAAUAUCAUUUAAUCUUAAAAUAAACUUAACGGAUCAUCGUGGUACUUUGUACAAUUGUAGACUUGUAUCACCGAUAGCAGACGAAGUUUUAGGAUGCAACGUUCAACGUUACAUGAAAAUGACAAUAGAUGAAAAAACAAAAUUAAAAUGGAAUCUUUUAUUGACACGAUGCGAAGUACGUAUUUUAGUUUUAAGCACAUCCCCGGAAAGGCCUCAACCUCUUAUUUCUCUCGUGACGUGUAAACCCGCCAAAAUUAAAGAUGUCGCGACUAAACUUCCGUUUUACUAA